AUGUCAUCGGCGCCCCCUAAGCAGCGCAUUCAGACCGUCCAGGAUUUUGCCAUCACGAGUCAGCUGCGGCAGGAUCAUCUGGCGGUCAAGAUCGCCCCGCUGCUGACCGAUUUCUUCCUCUCCAUCUACCGUUCAUGUCUCAACUAUGCCGAAGCCGUGAUGGCCGAAUCGGGCGACGUGGUCGACCCCAUCGAUCACUUUGCGCGCGCCGGCGCCGGAUCCGUGUCGCCGGCGCUCAUGGCGACGCUGCCGACCAAGCGCAAGAUCGUCGGCGAGCUCAUCGACGAAGCCGGGACGGUGUUCCUCAGCGAUCCCGCGCUCAUCGCCAAGCCGCGUCGCGCCAUCGAAUCGGCGGCCAUCUGGCGGGGCGGAGGCGGGACGGCCGAUGGUGCGAACCUGUUCUCACCCGCCAUGCGCAGUAACGCCAACUACAUCUUCCUCACCAAGGCGAAGUCGGGCGUGUUGCGCGAGAAGAUCUACAAGAACUGGGGCAGCUCAGUGCCCAACGCCCGCGUGUUCAACCAGAUCAUGGACGCGGCCACGCUCGACUACAGCUGCUUGGUCAUCGACAACAAGAACAACAGCUCAUCGCGCAUUAGCGACUCGUUCGCGCGUUUCAAGGCCGACUACGAUCUGGCCGAGAGCCCCUUCAAGAUGGGCGGUGCGCCCUUCUGGGCGUUCGGCGCCACGGCCGGCAUUGGAGAGGACGAGAUGGACAAUGACGAGGGUGGCAACAACGUGGGCGACGACGAGAUCGACGCCAUGGAACGCGCGCUGCGCAACAUCGGCCCCAAGACCAAGGUACGAGUGCGCCGUGUGACGAGGGACGAGGAUGAUGAAUAA